CGCGUCAGUUCAUAUGCACUGACAUGAUGAUAAGCAAUUGUUUUUAUUGUCAGAAUGAUAAUAUGAAAUUGUGAAUAUAUCGAAAACGCGUUUCCGCGCGAACGGAACUAUAUUAACAAUUAGUUGGUUAUGUGAGUCCGAAAUAAAUUCUGUUUACGCACAAAGUGGCGGAUACAAUGGGACAGGGAACAGAAGCGUGUACCGAUAGACCUACUGAAGUUAGUGUUAUUAGAUUUGUAUCUAGAAAUCAUACAAUCGAAGAAAUUGCACCAAAAAAGGAAGUAUAUACAUGCAAACAACGGGGUUGUGGGAAAAUAUUCACCAAUCAAGACGAAUAUAAAACACAUGAAGCACUCGAAGCUUUAAAAAUUAGAUUUAUUUGUCGCGAACCAGGAUGUGGAGAGGAAUUGUCUGACCCUGGUAGUAUGUGGCGUCAUUAUCAAGAAUGGCAUAACAGCGAAACUAAUGUUUUUGCUUGUCCUUAUACAAAUUGCGGUUCUGUACACACAACUAGUUGUAAUCUCGAAGAACACAUAGAAAGUUGUCAUCGUCAACCUUCUACACUACCAACUGAACCAGAAAUAAUAUGUUUCGAAGGUCCUGAUAAUGCGAUAGAGGAAGAUACUACGCAAAAUAGUGAGGAUGGGAAUUACGAUAAAAAAAGAAAUGACAAUUUUGCUUUAAAUGUGAUGGAUUACAAUAAUAAAGGAGAUGCUUUUAAUAGACACAACAGUACAAUAUUGCAAACAAAAGAUUUUUGUCAUGAUCAGAAUAACGUUACUGCCAGUUCGAAGAACGAAGAAUAUUCUAUUAAUAAUGAAUGUUUAAAUAGAACUAACAAAUUUCCAAAAAAUAAGGAUUUACUGAUAACUAAAGAGAAUUUUUUAAUCAAAUAUGAUACUGCUCCUUCUAAAAGUGGGGAAAUGAUACCAGUUGAAAAUUCUCAAGAUAAAAAUAAUGUGGUAUACAUCAACGGAGAUGUAACGAUCACUAAGAAUAUCAAAGGCGAAGUUAAUAAUAUUAAUUUACAAAAUCAAGAACAUAGAAUAGAUCUAGGAAAUUUAGAAAGAGUGUUUAGAAACGGAUUGGAACAGGAAAAUUCGAAAAUAGAAGAUAGUGCCAUCGAAACUAAUAGCAAUUGUUCGGACGACGAAGAAUAUAUGCCAAAGAAACAACGUAUGUCUCGGUAUAAACAAGAAAUAUAUAAAUGCGAUUUCAUUGGUUGUGGAAAAAAGUACAAAUACUUAUCGCAUUACCGUCAUCAUCAAGACAGUCACAAAUUAAUAACCAACUCUUCUAGCACAAAUACCAAUAAAUGUAUUCCAAAAGUGAAACAACAAGGAAGAGCUUCCACCAUUAGCUUUUUCCUGUGCAAGAUGCCUGGUUGUGGUGUAGAAGUAAAUAAUGUUACUGGCCUAUGGCAGCAUUAUCAGGAUAAUCAUGCCAAUACAAAGUCUCCGGUGAUACAAGCUACUAAAAAUAAUGAAGUAUUUCGAUGCAAAACACCUGGAUGUGAAAUAGAAUUUAGUACAACGUUAAUGUUAUAUAAACACUUUAACGAAGUUCAUUCUAACAGUUCCAUCAACAAUGUUAAUUUAAAUACAAAGACUGGUAAUGGGAAUAGCUUUCAUUUUGCGGAAGUAUUUCAAGAUGAUGCUAAAACCCAACAAGGAAACUUUAAGACUGACUUUAAAGCCAACAAGACUAAUAUUACUUCUAAUGACUAUAUAGAAGGUAACAAUGAUCGCACAUUGUCACCCACAGUUAAAGAAGAAUCUCGAGAUUGAUUCUAGUUCAAUUAAAAUUUUCGAUUGUGACGUUACAAAUUUACAAAAUUCAUUCAAUUUUACAGAGAGGAUAGUAAUA